AUGAUUGCUGAAGUACUCCUCGUGCUCGCUGGUCAUUCCUCCUCUCUCUUCCCCACCGACCACACCGUCCACCCCGCAUUCGCACCCCUCCUCCAUCCCGGCGAGGAACAGUGUCUCGAGUCUCUUGGUCAGAUCGCGGUGCGUUACCGCAAGAUCAAGCAUGCCUGCACGACCCUCGCGCGCCCCUCCUCGCGCUACGUCUCCGCCCUCUGCGCGACUCUCAACCAGAUCCUCAAGGACGAGUACGAGGUCCUCGUCGUCGACACCGAGGCCAAGGUGCUCCAGCGCGACAGCAGCCUCGUCGCGAGCGGCUCCUUUGUACCCCUCGCCUCCUUGCGCGCCAUCUUCGCUGAGUGGGACGCGCCCCUUGCCUCACUCGACACUCUCGUCGACGACCUCCGCACGCACGAGUACUGGCAGCCAGGCCCGCUCAUCGACCUUCUCCUUACCCGCUCCCAGACCGGCAUCCACCGCAUCGCGACGAUCUACGACCGUCUUUCCGCAGCCGUACAGCGCGUGUGGAUGGCCCAGCUCCAGGCACUCCUCAUCCACGGCUCGCUCGCCCCCACCGACCCGAUCGCGGACACGCACUACGCCUUCGUCGACGGCGCAGUGCCGUCGUGCGUGUCCGCGCAGUCGAGGGAGUCGAUCACGUACGUCGGGCGCGCGAUCGGGACGGUCAAGGCUGCCAAAUGGGAGAAGCAGUUCCCGCAGGAACUCGCGCGUGAGCAUACCAAGCUGCUGCACACCACUCUCCCGCAAGAGCAAUACGUCUUCGACCGGGUAAUUGCGGACAUCCGGACGGCGGUCAGUGAGUGGUUGUGGCUUAACGUGUUGACGCACAAAGAUGUCGACGAGGCCGUCGAGUCGCUAGCCAACUAUUUCCUCCUACGCAAUGGCGAGUUUGCACUGUCGCUCAUUCGCGAGAUCGAACGUUUGAAGCUUUCACGUCUCACGGGCAAGUCGGUGCCUAGCUCGAUGAUCCGGGAACAGGACCUCCACCUCGCCCUCCUCCGUGCCUCGCUGGGUACAACCGCUCAGCAAGACCCGUCGAUCGCACAUCUCCACUUCCGCAUGCCCGCAGGUCCCAUCCGUCCUCUGUUGCCUUCCCUCGCGGCGCCGCCGGUCCAAGACCUGUCAACCUCACUCUCUGGACCCCCAGACUCAACCUCCUUUGAUGACAUGCUCCUCGGCACCCCGCUGCUGCUCACCUACACCGUCGAGUGGCCGCUCGACCUCUUCCUCCACACCUCUGAUCUGCAGAUCUAUGCAGGCCUCUUCUCCUACCUCUCCGCGCUUCGCAAGACGCAUACCCGCAUCCAUGUCUGCUGGACCGCGCUCUCGAACGCACAGCGCGCCCGCCGCCGGUGGACGGGGCUUGGCGACGGCGGCACCGCGGAGGAUCUUGAGGCGCGCAAGCGGCUCCUUCGCUGCGGCUGGGGCGUCGUGCGCGAGAUGAACUGGUUCCUCGACACCCUCCUCGGCUACGUGAUGACCGACGUCGUCGACGUCGAGUUCCGCCGGCUUAAGGCACUCCUCCGCGGGAAGCCCGCCGGUCUGUUGCGGCCACAGGCGACGGGUCAGACUGAUGCACCGUUCGGGGUCUCGCGGGCGCACUCCGCAUUCGGGCCCGCGCAGAGCACCGCAUCGAAUGCAAACCUCGCCGCUGGCGCGCCACCACUCGACUUCACCACCCUGCGGCACAUCCACACGACUUACCUCGAGCGGCUUCUCACCGGAAGCCUGCUCGCGAACCCGGCGCUGACGAGCAUCAUCCGCAUGGUGCUAGAAGUGUGCGAGCGGUUCGCGGCGCAGGUCGAGCGAUGGGGCGGGAUCCUCGCCGCGGGCGGGAACCGCGUCGGGGACAUGGUCGCGGAGCGGCAUGUUAUCGUCGGGGAGAUCGAUGAGACACUGCAUACCCUCCUCGACGCGUUCUACGAACAGCUUUCGCUGUCCACCACGCUGCAGCCCAUGGCGAGCACGACGGGUGUCGGGUUCCACACGUUCCUGCGUGCGCGGCGCGGCCGGCGACUCGAAGGAGACGAGGAGGUGCGGCGGCACGUCGAGCGGUUGCUGCUCCGCUUGGACUUCAAUGGACAGUUUUCGAAGCCGAGGGCGCGGAAACGGGGCCAAGGGACGGUCGGCGGUGAGGAAGACAUUCUCAAGCAAGGAGGCCUGGCGUAG